UGCAAUUAACUAAAUGGAGCAAUAUUUAUAUCACAUCUAUGCCUAGAAGUGCCUUUCAGCAUUCUAAUAUUUUGGUUCAGAUUUCCUCAAAUCUCCAAAUACAUAACCGUGAAAAGCAAUUAUCUAGUGCAGCAAAUCAACCUGCGACCCGUGAUAUAUAGUAUAUAGCUGAGGAGUUUAGGCAGCAUGGGUGAGAAAGAACCGGAGAAAGAACUGGAGAAAAGGCUCUGUGAUGCCGCACUAAAAGGUGACGUUACCACUCUUCACCAGUUACUCGGAGAAGAUCCAGUUGUUCUUGAUAAAGCUGCUUUGAACUGCGAGGAUAAGAAUCCUCUACACAUAGCAGCAAUGUUGGGCCAUGUAGAUUUUGUAAAAGCAAUCUUACAAGUUCAAUCUGCUUAUUUUUUGUGCUUGGCCCGUGAUCGAGAAGGCAGAACCCUUUACAUCUUGCUGCCAUUUAUGGCAGAUUGACAGUCUUGCAACUGCAAGUGCUGCUUGAUGCCGGAUUUGAAGCCGCUGUGGAGAAGACAGAUGGGGAAGAGACCAUUUUGCAUUUGUGUGUCAAAUAUAAUCAGCUAGAGGCCUUGAAGAUGCUAGUCAACCGAUUAAAAGAUACACAGCUUCCGAAGGGCAGAAGUGAGGAUGCUGCUUAUUUUUUGUGCUUGGCCCGUGAUGGAAAUGGCAGAAACCCCAUACAUCUUGUUGCCAUGUAUGGCAGAUUGGCAGUUUUGCAAGAGCUACUUGAUGCCGGAUUUCAAGCAGCUCUGGAGAAGACAGACGAGGGAGGGACCAUUUUGCAUUUAUGUGUCAAGUAUAAUCAGCUGGAGGCCUUGAAGAUGCUAGUCGACAUCUCAAAAGAUGCAUGGUUUCAGAACGCCAAAAAUGAGGAUGGAAUGACCAUAUUACACAUGGCCAUACACUAUCGUCAAAACCAGACGAUCAAAUACUUGCUUGAUAGCUCCCAAGUUUGGGUGAAACAGCAGGAUGCAAAAGGCAGAAAUGCUUUAUCACUUUUGCGGGGUCAAGCUAACAUCAAUACCGAAAUUGAAAGCUCUCUUAGGUUGAUCGGCGCCAGGCCGGGAGGCCACGACCCAGAAGAGUACCAGGUGAUGCUCAAAGAGAGAAGUAAUGCAAUGAUGGUAGUGCUCUCACUCAUAGCAACGAUGGCCUUUCAAGCUGUGGUAAGCCCUCCAGGAGGGUUGUGGCAAGAUGACUUAAAGGAAGGACCAAAUCCACACAGAGUAGGAGAACCCAUCAUGGCACAAACCCAUCCCACCUAUUACCGGUGUCUGAUUCGGGCAAGUACCGUUGCAUUUGUUUCAUCGUUGAGCACAAUUGUCAGCCAUGUAUCGCUCCCGUGCUUCGCACUUACAGAUACUUUUGUCUUAUUUGAUGGGGCUGGCAAUUGCAACCGUAGCAUUGACUUAUGCUAUAUCACUAGUUGCGCUGGCACCAAAACACACGAGAGGUGAUCAAUUGAGCAAUACAGUUGUGAUUGUGCUCAUUGUGGUCACGACGUUUAGCAGUAGCAUUCGCCGAGUUACCAGAUGUUUGUCGAGAUUGGGCCACUAUCUAAAUAUAAUCAGGUACCAGGUAUUU